AUGAACAACAAAACCGCCAACCUUCCGCGUUGGCACUACGUACGCCCUUCCGCCUACCCGUCCUUUCCCAACCCAUCCUACCUCUGUCCGUCCAUUCCCCCACUCGCCUGUUUUAUUUCGCGGUCGGGUGGCGGUGGGCUGAUACCGUCCGUAAAACAGGAUAUGCAGUGUAGUUCUGCCGCGGGGUUAUUAAGGGGGGGGGGGGGGGGGGGGUGGGGGGGGGGGGGGGGGGUUUAUUUGAGGGGGGGGGCUGGGUCAUGA